AUGGCAAACCCUUUCUUGAUGGACGAUGAGCCGAUGGCGGGGCGCGACCCGACGCCGAAUCCGUUUCUGUUCGGUGACGACGGUGACGAGGCGGACGAGCCGGAAAAUCCGUUUCUGGCGCCAGUCAAGAACCCGUUCUCGGACUUUGGCGAGCCGGACGAAGACGUCCCGAUGCAGCUGCCGGCGGAAGCGGCCGGCGGAGUGGCGGCAGACCUGUUCGGCGGCGGACCGGUGUCCACCACCACCACCACCACCGGCGUGGAGCUGUUCCUGGACGAGCACGUCAUCACGACCGCUCCCAGUGCGGUGCCCAACGUCGUGCCGUCCGCCUCGGGAGCGGCCGGCAACUCCAACUUCUUCCACACGACCAUCAACGAGGAGGACGACUUGAUAAUCCCGAAGCCGACGCACCUGCACCUCGGCACCAUGACCACCGCCGCCCUGAUGGACGAUAUGCUCGGGGGGCUCUACUCCAGCGAGGACGAGCUGCGGGGCGUGGGCAAACCGCACAAACCGGCCCCACCGCGCCCCAUUCCGCCGUCGCACGCCACCCAGCAGCUGAUCAGUUCGAUCGCGGACCAGCUGGACCAGACGAGCACAAACUUGCUGCAGAAGAUCCCCGUCACCCGCACCCCGAGCCCGGUGUCGAUGCGGGAUCUGCACUCGCCCAGCCCGACGCCCGACUUUGGCGACUUCCUGACGACCGACGGGCCGGGCGCUUCGGCGUCGGAGGCGGCGUCGCACGAUGACCCGAUGCUGGCGGCUGACAAUCCGUUCGCCAGCGUCGACGAUCAACCCCCAGCAACGGUGGCCGUGGGCGGCCGCCCCUCCGAUGUACCGAAGCCCCCGCGACCCAGACCACCGCCACCGCGGCCGGCGCCGCCUGCCAGAAGUUCGCUCGCCUCCUCCCCGAUCAAUCCGCCAGUCGGGCCGGGCGCCCUCAGCCAACCAGCACCACCACCACCGCAACAGGACGCCGACCUGUUCGAUCUGUUCGGUCCUGGGCCGGGGCCCGCGAAACCGGCUGCCCCACCGAAGCCACCGGCACCCAAGACCAAGGAGGACAUCCUGUCACUGUUCUCGAUGCCCGCCCAGCCGACGGCGGCCGCUGCGCCGGUCCUUGUGCCUCAGCCGAAGCAACCGGACCUGAUGAGUGACGACCUCGACGACCUGCUCGGAGGCGGCGGCGGCGGCGGAGGCGGUGGCGGGAUGGCUGGGCCGGCCGCGGCUCCCGAGGCGGCCUUCAUACCGAACCUAACGGAGAACUUGGCCACGGCCGCGGUUCAGGCGGCGCCCGUGAGUGUGCUAGCGACGGUGGCUGACCCGAAACCCCAAACGAUGCUGGACGACGUCGAGGAACCGGAGGUGGAGCCCUUGGAGGCGUUCGUGGAGCCGUCACCGGAGAUCGUGCUGGACGUGGCCCCGGCCUCGGACCCCAGCGACGCCAUGCGCUCCGAGGUGUCGUCCGAGUACAGUCCCACUGGGUCCAACCUAACGUCGGGCAACAUCCCGAGCUCGGUCUCGGGCAGCAUCGUCAACAUUCCGACCCUGGACCGGACGCUCGAGCACGGCGAGGCCGAAGGCGUAGGAGCGAUGGAGCUCGGCACGGAGCGCGUUCCGGAAUCGCUGGACUACGGCGGCAAUCAGCUGGACUAUGGCGGCGUUCCCGCCGCAGUUUCCGGCAGGCCGACGGCCGACGCGUACCAGGUAGUGGCGCCGGGCGUCGAACCAGAUCCGCUGCUCGGUGGCGGAAUGCAGGCCAAUCCAUUUUCGAUGGACCCGGACACGGACAUGGCGCCGGUCGGCGGGCUGACGUACGCCAGCGAGCUGUUCGGUGCCGCGACGAACGCGGCCAACAACAACACGAUGACGGUGGAGCCCGGCGACUGCUACCCAGCGAGUGUCGCUCCCCACAGCCCGGAGCCGGAUGCGUUCGACUCGUUUGCGGCCAAGUUCGAGCAGCACAGCCGUGGUGCGGUCGGACCGGGGAAUGGGUCCGCCGGAAGCGCUGUCACCGCCAACACCGCCGGCAACAUCUUCCUCGACGACGAGCUGGUGGGCAAGGUGAACGAGGACGCGUUCGGGGGCGAUGCGUGGGGCGCUGCUGGCGAUGCGGGUGGGGCGGUGUUCGGCGAUGCCAGCGCAGGCGACGGGUUUGGCAACGACGACGGGUUUGACGAUCCGUUCCUAUCGAUGCAAGCUCCACCGGUGCCGGAGUCGCGUGACUCCGACGAGGACCGCGAGUUUUCGGUGGUCAUACGACCGAAGGAAGGCCUGGACGUGGGCUACACGGCCCCGGCGCUUGCCCCACCACCCAAGAGCCCGCAAACCGCUUCGAUCUACUCGGGUGAUUCGUCGCCCCGUGUCAAUCCCUUCGAUCGGAGCGACGACGGAGCGAACCAGAUCCCUGUCAGCGUUCAGGACAAGCCCCAACUAGAGCGGACCGAUUCGCAGGAGACGCCUCCCACGCCGCUGUUUGACGAGGAUGUGUCGCAGCCGCUGGAGGACUUCCCGCGCGUCAUCCACCAUGGCGACGGGUGGGAGAUGCAGUUGCGCCAGCCGAACAAGAAGAAAAUCACCGGCCAGCGGUUCUGGAAGAAGAUCUUCAUCCGGCUGGUGUGCCAGGGCGACAGCCCGGUGCUGCAGCUGUACAACGCGGCGAACGACAAGGAACCGUUCCAGGAGCUGCCGCUGCAGGCGUGCUACUCGGUGUCGGAGAUCGGCGCCCAGCAGUACGACAACUUUGGCAAAAUCUUCACCGUCAAGCUGCAGUACGUGUUCUACAAGGAGCGGCCGGGCGUGCGGCCGGGCCAGGUGACGAAGGCGGAGCGGCUCACGAACAAGCUGAGCCAGUUCGCGGCCUACGCCAUCCAGGGCGACUACCAGGGCGUGAAGGAGCUGGGGAGUGAUCUGAAAAAGCUCGGGCUCCCGGUGGAGCACGCCCCGCAGAUAUCGCAGCUGUUCAAGCUCGGCUCGAUGAACUACGAGGACAUGAAGCAGUUCUCCGUGUGCAUAGAGGAGGCGCUGUUCAAGAUGAACGUUCACCGCGACCGGGCUCUCACGUACAAGACUGAGGAGGUACAGGUGACGGCGGUGGACGAGCUGUACGUCGAGCAGGACGCCGAGGGGCACGUGAUGAAGCAGAUCGCCCGCGUCCGCCUGUUCUUCUUGGCGUUCCUCACGGGCAUGCCGGACAUCGAGCUCGGCGUCAACGACCUGUGGCGCCAGGGGAAGGAGGUGGUCGGUCGCCACGACAUCAUUCCGGUGGUGACGGAGGAGUGGAUCCGGUUGGAGGGCGUCGAGUUUCACACCUGCGUACAGCAGGACGAGUACGAACGGAGCCGCACGAUCAAGUUCAAGCCACCGGACGCGUGCUACAUCGAGCUGAUGCGGUUCCGCAUCCGGCCACCGAAGAACCGCGAGCUUCCGCUGCAGCUGAAGGCCACCUGGUGCGUGACGGGCAAUAAGGUCGAGCUGCGCGCGGACGUCCUGGUGCCCGGGUUCGCCUCCCGCAAGCUGGGCCAGAUCCCGUGCGAGGACGUUUCGAUACGGUUUCCGAUACCGGAGUGCUGGAUCUAUCUGUUCCGCGUGGAGAAACACUUCCGGUACGGGUCGGUCAAGUCAGCCCACCGGCGAACGGGCAAGAUCAAGGGCAUCGAGCGCAUCCUGGGCGCGGUCGACACGCUGCAGGAGUCCCUGAUCGAGGUUACGUCCGGGCAGGCCAAGUACGAACACCAUCACCGGGCGAUCGUCUGGCGCUGCCCGCGACUGCCGAAGGAGGGCCAGGGUGCGUACACCACGCACCAGCUCGUCUGUCGGAUGGCGCUCACCAGCUUCGACCAGAUCCCGGAGCAGUUGGCCCCGUACGCCUACGUGGAGUUCACCAUGCCGGCGACGCAGGCUUCGCACACCACCGUGCGCUCGGUGAGCGUGCAGGACUCGGAGAGCGAUGAGCCACCGGAGAAGUACGUUCGCUACCUGGCACGGCACGAGUAUCGCGUUGGCAUCGAGCACACGACCGGGGAGUCGAUGAACCCGUAUUUAGCAGCCACCACCGUCAGCAAGCAACCGCCGACAAUCCCCGAGCAACAACCGAUGGCCACCACCCCGAUUGCACCGAGCGAUUCCGACUCCGAUUCGAACUAAGGAGCCCAACGAUGGUUGGAGCAGCGAUGCGGUUCUCUAGACCAAUAUUUCCCGCUCUACCCGCCUGCUUUACCGUUGCGCCCCGAGGAGCCCAGCUGUUAAGCAGGCGGUGGAGGGAUGUGAUGGACACGCAGUACUUAUAACUAUAACUCAUUACCAGAGGCCCAAAUCUCCACUCCUGCAAUGAAGAACCCUAGCCAAUACAUGCUGCACGUGUAUGUACUUAUAGUUGUUACUUGAAUUACGUUAGUUCGACAAUAAAAGAGAAGCCCAUUAUAGCAGCUGUGCAGCCCGACUCGCCGUAGCUGUUACUGGUCAUCCGAAGGCAACCAAGAAACCCCACCCGGGGGGAGUCUUCAGUAGCAGCAACAGUUGCGGGGAGGCUAGGCUGAGGACAAAACGGUGCAGAUAGCAGUAACAGAAGCAGCAUUUAGUAUGUAGUGAUUAACCGAGCUCAAGUUUGCUUAAUUAAUUCCGUUACUUAGCUAUUAACCUCCCGUAUGUGAGUGUGUGCGUGUGUAUAACAGAGAUAGUGGAGGAUAGUAGUGAGCGGAAGACGCUACUAGGACGCUACGUUAGCUUCGUUCGCACUUUGUACCGUGUCUGAGUUUAGGAGUGUGUUUCUCAUACUAUUCUUAAGCAUUCUGUAUGCCAUCAGCUCGUUUCGAGACGGAGCCGUGUCGGUCCGGUUUGAGCUGGCGAUUCGCAUGUCGGAAUCACCGGGUUCCCAAUCUUAAGCGUCUACGGUAAAGUAAUAUGCUUUUUGUACAUACACGCAUAAAUCGGCGUUCAACAAUUCAGUAGUGCAGUGCAACCUUAAGCAGAUCGGACCUAACUAUAACAAAACCGAAACGAGAACAAUAUCUGAUCCUGAAACGGGUAGCCGAAGCCUCAGCUGUGCCUCACGCCACUUCAUGAGGUGGCUUGGUGCGAGUUGGGGCGUAACGCUGGUGUGGACUACUUCUUAAUAGAAGCACCGGACCGAUAUUUGUUUGACUCGUUUGUUAUAGUAGGUUGAUCGCAAAUUAUGUAUCGUUCUCGAAUCGCUGUCUUUGAAUGCCUUGAAGCAGCGUCGAUCGUUACGGUUUUGCUUUAAUGUAAUCCUUCGGUCUAGCACAAGGACUUAUGGCGCGUACCUUAUAUUGGCUGUUGUCCCUAGCGAGUAAGUCCUUCCGUUGUGUGAGCCAACAGUGGCCAAAUUGGUCGAAUUGGGUGGCCGCCACAUUCUGUUGGUACUCCCCGUUCCCAGGCGUUAGUAGGCGCGUUGCUGUUUACUAUUGUGUUUCUUCUGCUUUGUUGAAGACAUAUCACUAAAUGUUUAACAUUAUUCAUUGCCCUUCUUCGGUGAUAUUGCUAACAAGAUGGGAGUUGAAUAACAUGUAUUACGGAGAAGUAGAAAAGCUAUAGCAUAGUAUAUUCUUCCCAGUAGCCGUCACGAAAGUCUGCUGAGUUCCCAGGCACCAUGCGUUGAACAGUCCGGUUAGCUUGUUAAUGGUUUGAACGAACGAAGCGGUGCGAAAUAAUACUACCAUGAUUGUUGCUGCUGCUAAUUAAACCAUAGAUCCGUUUCCUAUCGUUUGCUAAAAGGAAGACCCAAGUACUUGAACAGCAAGAUGUGAACCGCUAAUCAGUAAACUCUAAAAAGUCCGUAUAAUCACCCAACUAGCAACAGUGCGAAAUAUGCCUGACGAUACCAAACCAUUAACGUAAGUGUAUUGAUAUAUACCUAAUUUAAUUGCUGAAUGGCGAAUACAAUACCAAAAAUAUAUGAAAAACGAAUGAAAACAUGAGCACAUUCCUGAAACCCUGAACCCCGAAACGAAACUCAACAGUAAGCGUACGAAUGAGCGAGUGUUGUGGACGGUGACAGUGAAGACACCGAUUACCACCUCCUCCAAAUAUACUUGUAUGUAGGAGAGAUAAUGAACGUAAAUGCCGGUGCAACACAGAUAGCUGGGCGGCGAGAGUAAAGGUAAAGCCACACUACUACUACCAUAGAUAUUAUACAUGUAUGAGGUAAACACAAAACAACAAACUGGUUAUUAUAUUUAGAUAUAUAGUACUCCGUAUGCGACACUCGAUGCGGAAGAUGUGUUUUGACAGUUGAAUGAGUGUUUAAAUGUUUUGAGAUUAAAUGGAUUGGCCGGAAUCCAUCUGGCCAUUGCAGAGCUUAUAUGGCAUGGCGAGAAUUAUCAGCCCGUAUUCGCUUACCCGGCCCUGGGGCAGGACCAUUGCUGUGGGGAGACGAGACGGAGAGAACAAAUGUUUGUUUAACCAUUCGGAAGGACGAUUGCUUCAACUGGAAGAUUUUGCAUCCUUAGUAACACAAAUAGACGCACGAACGUUUACUCCAUAUACAAUAGUGCAACGCAUUUAACGCAGUGUCAAACACUUUUGUUACCGCUUUUAGUUUACAUAAAACGGUAAGUCAAGUGCAGUUCUCCGGGGUUAGUUUCAGUAAUCAAUUUUUUUCUAUUUCGGUUCGUUAAACACAACAACGCAUGAACAGUUUAAUUUUUGCCAGCAUUUGUCCCUUUUUGCCAUGCACAGAGAUGUGUUCUCUCAAUGACAUUUGAUUUGAUAUAUUAUGUAUACAUACCGUAUAUACCGCAAACUAUACAUGCAUACACGUAUAUUAGAAAUUGAAGAUAGUAGGCGUAGAACAUACUUAAUAAAGAUUGACAGCUUAUAGUAAACCUACAUGGUUCGAAAGAGAUAUAGAGAGAUACGGGGAGUGCGAAAGGAAGAACUGAAGUAGAUUACAAAAGAAUCGAAGAACGGGAGAUGGCGUGAGCCUUACUGUACGUUGAUAGUGAAUUAGGUAGCUAUGGGAUAAACGGUGCAGAAUCAACUAAACAUUGACCUACAGUAUUCCUUGGCGCAGUGUGCCCGUUCCUUUCCUGCGAACACAGCACCACGAGACGCAUCCAUUAAAAAUAUUUAAAAGGGCGCCCUAGGUUUGCGGGAUAAGCGGCCAGAAUCAAAUAUUCAUAUACAUAUUAAGCGAAACGGCAUACGCAACUGAGCACAUACAAAAUCAUGGCGUUAAACAUCUGAAUCUCGACCGAUUGGGCAUAGACAUACUCAGUAUAAAUAUAAACAAGCAAACCACUGUUGGACAACAUCAAAUUUAAGUAAGAUAAACAAAAUGAAAUCCGCAAACUACAGAAACCUAAACCCAAGUAAAACCGCAUUGUGAGACGCAAGUCGAAACCGGAAAAAGA